AUGGCGGCGCAGGGCCCCAGCUCUAGCCCUCUGUCGGGCACGUCUGCCACAUCCACGUCGCCCCAAGAACUGCCAUCGACCACACCCCUGACUUCGACUGCAAUUUCAGAGUCGCCCCGGGAGUCGAAGGCGAGCUCCCCGAGCCCGCAGCCUCAACUAGCCACUCCCGAGGACCCGUUGCCCAUCGCCGCGUUUUAUGGGCCGUUGGACGCUAAAAACCCGCUCCUCGCCUCUUUCGAGAAGGAAAUUCGGGAGUUGUUAGGCUUUAUGAAGAAAAAGCAGGUUUUAGCCACGACGGCGGAAGAGAAGCACGAAUUCCAUCGGCGUUGUGCCACCUCUUUGUUUAAUAUCUGGACCAAAUACGCCCCCCGGCUGCCAGAUGACUAUUACAACGAAAAGCUUCUGAAGGUUGGAGAUAGCCUUUGUCAAAUGAAAGAAUACAAACUGGCUCUUUGGCAGUGCUAUGGAAGAUAUCUUCAGCAGUUUUGUACCAAUUUUGAUGAGGAUAAAGCAGAUGCGAGACAAUUCAAAACUGUCUUUUUUCCAAAAGGCUUUGGAGAUAAAACUGCUGCACUUACAUUUCAUGCUUUGAGUGCCAAAAAUAUUUGCAAUUACCAGCUGCUCUGUGAUGCUGAUGUCAACCUGCAGAAUAAAGAAUCUGUGAGCCAGUGUCUGUCUAUCUUGUUCUCCUUAAGGCUUAUCAUGGAGGUAGCUCUGCCACAAGAGCACCUUUGUUGGAUUAUCUUCAAUGGCACCAUUUAUAUUUACACCAUUUGCAGGAAACUGAUGAUCGUAGGUCAGUCCUCCAAGGCCUUGGAAUACCUGCUGUGGGCCAGCAUGUGUAUGGAGUCCUCGGUCUCGCUCCUGUCUGUCAGGUACUUGACAUGGAGAGCCACCCUUUACACCGCUGUCUGCCAGUGCUACUAUGACUGCCAAGGGGGUGUCCAUGGGGAGGCAUUUGCUCGGCGUGGAUUAGCUAAAAUUGAUGAGUUAAGGCAACUGGAAUUAAUGAGUUCUUCACAAUCACAGGAUGAAUCCAAAAGAUAUUUUAGAGAGGCUACAAUAAAGAUGGCGGUGAUGAUCUUCAAAAGAGGAGUAUUUGAAUCUAGAAGAAAAGUCAAAACUAUCUUUAGACCAAAGAUAAGACUUAAUCUAAAGGAAGCUCAAAGUUUGCCGUGGCCACGUACCAUCACAGACCGGCUGUUAGAUGAAAUGUUUGAUAACUCCGCAUCCCGCUUUCUGGCUGUCUUGGAGGCUCUUUCUGAUCCAAACAGGCGAAUAUUACAAACUGGUCCUGUUGUAUCUGAUGAAGUGGAACUUCGUGAUGUUGUCUCAGAACUGUUUAUAGCUGGGAAAGAACUUUUAAUAAUUUCAAGUAUUGGUCCAAGUGGAACGAUUGGUUUUCCCAACACACCUCUUACGGAACUUAUGAUAGAAAGAACAAACGUUAUUUCUCUGGAUGCUGCUGUAAAGUUUAUAAAAUUAGCAUUUACUUAUGAAGAAUGGGGUUUAUUUGAAUCUUUAGCUAUGCAGCUUAUUAAUUUUCUCCAGAGGCAGGAUGAUCCACAGUCAAAGAAAGCAGAGAAGGAUUUAACUCUUCUGAUUGCAAUCGAACCACUAAUCAACCUAAAGAAAAACAAAGGUUUGAUACUUCCUUUGGACAGUUAUAAAGAAGGAGAGUCAGCUCAAAUUUAUUUAAAGCAUGUAGUUUCACAUGAUUCUUAUGUGAGGAAUUAUGGAUAUUCAGAAGAUAUUUUUCAUUUGGCAGCUGUCCUGUAUGUCUGUGUCUGUAACUCUCCCCAGGAUGUUCAGCCUGAUAAAGAAAUCGUUGUGGACAUGAUAAUGUUCCUAUGGCAGAAAUGCAAAUUAGGAAUUCAGAAGAUCAGUAUGUCCAGAAACGACUAUAAAAAAUUCACCCAGAAAAUCCACAGUAAUAAGUGGUUUUAUCUUCUGUGGCAGAUAAAUGAAGUGAUUCACAACUAUAAAUUGGAAGACAUUGACAUUGCAGUGGUGGCAGAGGUCACAUUACGAUUAAGUGAAAUAUUAGAGUUUUUAGGAAGCCCAAGAAGAAAAUUUAAAAAAUAUCCAGAUGUACCUUUAAAAACAGAGAUUAAGAUAUUCCCUGGRACUCCAAAAAGAAUCAAGGAAGUUCUUCCAAUAUUAAAGAAAAGUCCUGUGGAACAAUUGUUUUUUGCUUAUGAACUUCUUGACAAAGUAAUUGGUGUGAUGAAUUUUAAUUGUGUUUUAACUACUUUGCCAAGCGGAUCACCAGUAAUUGACCACUGCUAUGUCAAGUAUGCCCCAGAGGUAGAUGGAAAUUCUUACAAACCAAUCACAGCAAAUACUUUCAUAAUGGAUUUGCAUCUUGAACUAAUUCAAGCUCAGCACCGGAUAGCUGUUGUACUUCUCGACCAAUUGCAAGUUUUGCAGAUUCCAACUGCGAGCAAAAACAUUUCUGCCAAAGGUUCAGAAAAGCAAAAACAAUCCAGAAGUGAUGAUUGUUUUACAGAAUUAAGUGUAAUGAAUAAAAUAAAGAAGAACAAACUAUCCAAAGCAAUUUACUUAAUGCAGAAAGCUCUUGUAUUAUAUGAGAAAGAUGAAACCUGUACAACUUCACAGAAAUUUUUGAUGGAAGCAUAUUCUUUAAUUGAGAAAGUUGAAGCAGAACAAAAUGCCCUAUAUUCAUAUCAGAAAUGUUUGGAAGGCUUAAAAAGAAAGAAGACCAGGAUCCCUCCUCCCCCUCUUCUGUUAUCCCGAACACAUUGUUCUGUGACACUGAAACCUACUCCAUUUAUUUCUGAUGUUAAGGUGGCCUGGUACUGCAUUUUGGGUUGUAAAGCACAAGGAAGCUAUGGGAAAGUGAGGCYCAAUAACAACCAUCUCCCAAAUUCAGGAGAAGCGAUUCCAGCUGAUGGUAAAAGCAUUUUUGAAGUGAAAGGUUUGGAAACUAAUGAAAAAUAUAUAUUUGCGGUUGCUGCUUAUUCUUCUAAUGGGAAGCUUGUUGGGGAUGCUAUUGGGGAGACAACUAAACCAAUUUUGGUUUAUCCACCUCUUUCUGCUGUUACUGCUCGGAUGUACCUGACACAGGUUGCCUAUCAGGUUGAUAACUAUGAGUUGGCUAAGAAAGUUUUCUCACCAGUUUGGGAUUAUUUUGUUGCCUCACCACUCCAGGAUGAACARUCCUCUAUUUGUUUGAGAAAUGUAAUGACUAUUACACAGAGAAGAUUAUAUUCAGAUAUUUUGGCAGAGACUUCUUCAAUCCUUUUAUACCUUUUUCUUAGAAAUAUCUUUGUCACAAGUGACAUUAAAAUUAAAGAAGAAAAUCUUUUCUGUGAUAAUAUCAAAGGCAGUGAGGUUUUCCCUGCUCAGCAAGUUGCUAGACUGACUGAAUGUGAGAGAAUAUUAGUGGCAUUGGAACUUAGCAUCUUUUUGAAUGAUUCCAGUUAUGUACUUCAAGCUGUGACUCAGUGUUAUGGCCUCCUUGCUCCUAUAAUAUAUCACAAUAUUGUUUUGGUACCUGUUGUACAGAUCUUGAUAAAGUGCUUAGUGGUUUUGCAAGGAGUUCUGAAUGUUGUCCACUUGAAGAAAAAUAUUUCGAGUUUUGAAAGUAUACAGCACAUGAUAGCUUGUUGUAUCUACUAUGUAACAAAGAUUCUACGUUCAUGGAAGGAAUAUGAUAUGGCAGCAAUGGUUAUAAAUUAUGGAAAAAAGAUGUUGGACAUCACAACAGARUGCAGGUCACUAUUUGGUAAGAAUGAUCCAGAAGAAAUACCAGAUGAGGGUUCGUCUAAGAAAUCUGUAAAAACUAAGAAGCCACAACAGAUAUUGUUGCCUGAAAAAUUAAAUGAACAAUUGAACUUGUUGGAGACACACCUACUCAAACUGAUAAAACAAUAUGUUGCGGCUGAACUCUCAGGAGCAGAAGACCCUAUAUUUCUUUACCCUGUGGUUUUAAAUUGGUCAGUGAAAGGUGCUGUGAAAGAAGUUAUGAAAUUUAAGCACAGACCUAGAUUCCUGGAAUUUUUUACGCAAGUUAUGCUUAAAUGCCUGAAUGAUGAAAAAUUUUCCCUUUUGUUGGAGAUAACAAUUCCUGUCCUUGACUUCUUGAAAAGGAGGAAUGAAUCCCUAAUUGGACAAAGAAGAAUAAAAUAUAGGGACAAUUUUGCUUAUAAAAAGGCAAAUGUACCUUCAAAGAAGUUUAAAGCUGUAGUACUAGAGAUUGGAAGAAAUACAGAURUAUCAUCAAGGAAAAGAAACAUUAAAAAGGAAACUCUAAGAGAUUUUUAUUCAAAAAAUCCAAAUAUUUUGGAAAUUCCAGAAAAUGAAAGAAAUAAGAGACCYGAUGUUAGAAAAAUAGCACAACGAUACCUGAUGAUUCACAUGAAUCCUCUAAUAUUAGAUUAUAUUAAAAGAAAAAGGUUUCAUCAAAUAGUUCUUGAAGAGAUGCCCUGGAGAGCUCAGAUGAACCUGUAUCUGGCAAUCACAUGCUACAACCUGCUUUUACAAAAGCUAGGAGAGUGCACGAAGACAAAACCUGGCAUUUCACACACAAUGGUCAGUUUCCGAUCAUGUGAUCCUAAUAUGUUCUCACUAUAUAAUUCAGGAACAGUAUUGCCAACGGCAAAACUGACUCUGGAAAAUUAUAAAACAAUGCUUGAUUUCCUACUUACAGCUAAAAGAAGAAAGGCCAACUUACCAUCAGAUGCUGAAGAAUUUUCUACAUUUGUGAAUUCCAAAGCUAGUGAAGAUAAUAUGUCCAAGACACAACCAGUUUAUGAAUUGGACUCUCAAUCAGCUCUUAGUGUCAGAGAAAAGGACCGAGCACAUUUGGAACUGGAUUCUUUUAUGAGAAUCUUUUUAUAUUGCAGGAGAGCCAUGGUUCUUGCUCAUCGUGGUGGCUAUUGGACUCUGCUUCAGAACUGCUGUCGGGCCUUUUGGAACUUUACUCAGGAGCUGCAAAUACUUCUUAAACAGGCAGUAGAUCUUUAUAAAACAUUUCCUGUUAGCCAGGAUGCUUUCCUCUGUAUCUCAGUUUUACCAUUCUAUUUGGGAGCAGAAUUACUUAUUGACAUGUUAAUACAUCUACAAAAUAUUGAUUCUGUAAAGUUCAUUGAAGACAAAGGAGAGUUCAUUGUUCCAAGCUGUUAUGGGAAUAUUAAACAUGAUAAUGGUGGUUCUAGCCUUUCUUUUGAGCAUCCUUUGGAUGAUGUAAAUGUGGUUGAUUUGAAAUGGAUCCAUGACUUUGUAUUAAAAUCUCUGGAAGUUUUAUAUCAAGUGGAAAAAUGGGAAACACUAGUAUCACUUGCCAUUCAAUUCAACAUAAUUUCACAUGAGAGGUACACAGAGCAGGUGACACCACUUCUGGUAUAUGCACAGCGCCAAUUGCUUCUGAGAAUACAGAAGUUCAARGGCCCAGAUAUUACCCAGCAAGCUUGUGCAAGGUAUGAGGCCGAGUAUGGAGAGAAGAUUACCUGCCGAAAUUUCAUUGGAAAGCAGCUCAAGAUUGAUCCUUCAAUCAGUAAGACAAUAGAUAUAGGGGAUGGUACAAAUUUCCUACAAGUGAUUAUCUAUUCAGAGUAUAACAGAGCCAAACAGAUCAUCUGUGUGCCCGUGGAUGUGACAGACACUUUGAGAUGCUUUAGAGAGACCCUGGAAAAAUCCAAAUACCAUAACAGAUCAAUCCGACACAGCAGAAAGUUGCUUUCAUUAUUUCUGGCACAGACACAAGAUGUUCUCCAUGCCAGCAAUCAAAGAAGUCUUAAAGUUCAGGCACUGCAUACACUUGGAAAUCUUCUCAUCUUUGCAGAAAAGAAAAGGGCUGCUUUUAAGUGUUGGUGUCAAGCUCUUGAUGAUAUAUUCAGAAAACCAGAUGUGCUACAUACAUGGAAAGAAUUUGUUCCCUCCUCCACCAGUGCCCCCAACAGUUGUUCACCUCAGACCUUCAAAGACUACAGUGAGGAAUUUCUAUCAAAAGUUGGCAUUUGGGGGUGUCUUCAAGGUGCAGUCAUAUCCGCAAAGAUAGCUCAGGGCAUCAAAAGGGACAAUAUAGAGGAUAGGAAAGACACUUUUUAUUUUACUGUAUAUCAUUUUCAGGGUUUGCUUCGAACCACACUUCCACAUCCUAAAGCUGAACGUUGUUAUGCUCAGUAUGAAAUCACUCAGCUUCUCCCAGGCAUUGAACUCUUCUCYGAUAGACACAGGGCUGAUAUCUGCUCUGUAGUUGCAAGCUUGUAUUACAUCAUACGUGAACUGCACUAUGCUAAGCAAAAUCUAAUGGUUCUGCCUCUCCUUGCAUUGUACCAAUAUUUUGUUUCUGGAAUUUGCCAAGACAUUGUCAGAAAUCUAGAAGCGAGACUCCUCAAGAUAGAAGUCCUAACAGAUUUGCACUUCUUUUCUGAGGCCUUUUAUGAGUUAACCCUGAUAUUUUAUGGGAAAAAUAUGCCUUGCCCAGUGCCUUCUGGUUUAAAAGCUACUGGAAAAAUUAAGUUGUUUCAGUCAUUUGAUUCAGGAAAACCUCUUACCAACAAAGAAAACAUACAGGCACUUGACGAAUUAAUAAAUAGAGGCUCGCCUGUAGUUCUGGUUAUGAUUGGCCAACAGCAUCUUCUAAAUAAAUUUUAUAUGGUUAAGGCACACUUUUUCAUAAGUGUGGCUGCAACAAUAAAUUCUGUACCAGAAAAUUCACUGAAAGCUUUCUACCAGGGAGCUAACCAUGGUAGCUUUGAGAGGAACAAACCAACUCUCUCUAACUUGAAAGAGCUAUAUAUAAAGGAUGAUGGAGGCUCAUUGUAUCAGCUUACAAAAUUUAAAGAUGAGUUCACUCUUAACAUGCUAAAGACGGUUUUACUGAUGGAAGCUGAAGAGAGGCUAAACUUCCUUGUGUCCGAGGUGGAGCAUCCAGGCCACAAGGACCUGUCUCAUUGUUGUGCUGCUGAGUUGGAGAUUGUGGUGGAAGCCCRUCUUCAUCUGGCAGCAAUUGCCCUGCAGAGACACCGGGCAGCAUACAGUGCUGCAAUAGUAUAUUCCACACUUAAACUUCUGCAAGAUUCAAAACUUUUUAAAAAGAAUGUAACGAAAGAUGAUGCAGAGAAGCCCCUUUCUCCAGGCACUUCUACCUCAGAAAAUAAAGAUGAUGAGUUUUUGGACCCUGUUUCCCUGAAUGCUCGAGAAUAUUUCAACAUUCAUCUGUGGUUGAGGUGCCGCUUAGCACUGGUGACUGCUUUUGUCUCACAAAUUCGAGGCAUUGGAAUUGUGAAAGAGAACGAUUUGACAGAUUGUUUGAGCCUCAUCCGUGAAUUAUACGUGGAAGCAAAAAGUGCAGAGGACUUAGAACUACAGGCUGAAUUCUUGAUGCAAGCUGUAAUCCUUGGCCUGCAAGAAAAGCAUUUAAAGGCAGACAUCAUCACAGACCUUCAGGAUAUAAUACAUUUGCUUGAAGGAAAAGAAUUUCUUUCUCCUCGAUCUUUGUUAACUCUGGCGAAAAGCCUUGUUCUACUGGAUGACUUAACAAAAGCUGAGAAAUUCAAGGAAUCUCCCUAUUCAAAAUCAGACAAGUUACAAUUUUUGACCCAGGCUCACAACAUUAUUAUUGAACAGAUGCUAACUUUUGGGGAAACAAUUGACUUGCAUUUAUCAAACACUGAAUAUAAAAAUCUAUUACAACCUUUGAAAAAUAUCUAUCUUCCUCAUGUUAUGUUACUGGCCAAAAUAAAAAUGAGAAUUGGACAUACUCUAGCCAAACAGGUAUAUAACAGUAAUAAAAAGAAGGACUCCUCAAAGUGGUUACCUGCCCUUCAUCUUUUUGAUGUUGCACUGAGGCUCUGUAAGAUAACGGCUAUGGAGGAAAAUGAAGUAGAAGCUGAAAUCCUCUUUCAGAAAGGCAAAAUAGAACGUCAAAUAAUGAUGGAAGAGAAAUCUCCAACUUUGCAACUUGAGAGUUUAUAUGAAGCUAUACAACUCAGCUUGAAAAAUGAUCAAAACUCAGGAUUGAUAAGAGAUUCCUACCUCGAACUGGCCUUAUGGUAUUUGUAUCUGAAGAAGCCAAAGAGAAAGAGUUCAGCAACACCAUUAGCACUCAAGCUUCUUUUCAGAAGGCAUAGUUCUAUUAAGGAAUCAACAAUAGAUAUAAUAGAAAUAUACAAUUCACUGGUCUGGAUUGCAAUAAGGGCUGCGGCACAGGUCAGUGAAGCUGUGCUAGCAAUUAACCUACUUAUUGGAAAGAAGAAUGCUAGAACUGACGAAGUCAAUCAAAUGGUAUUGCCAAAUAUCCCAGAGUUUGCCACUGUGGACAUUUUGUCUUCAUACACAGAUUAUUUGCUUGAUAACUAUGAAGUUGCCUUCCAGAAUUGCUGUGCAGUUUUGCACCAAAAUAAUGACAUCUCUGACAACACAGAUGCUAGAACAAAGAUUCAGACCAAAGUAGAAAUUACAUGGGUCCUUCUCCUGCGCUACUAUAUACAUCUACAAAGAAUCAAUAACAUGAACAAAUUGCUAGCAUCUGCAAAGCCAGUAUCUGGAAUUUCCUUGCCAGAUGAUACGCUUCUCACAUCCCUUUACAACUCCGAACUGAUUUUACGUGAAAAAGAAAUGCAUUUUUUUCUUAAAAAGCACUUACAGCUAUAUUCGUCGUCUUGUAUUGAUGAAUUCCCAAAAGAACUUUUUCUAGGAUUGGAAAAACCACAUCUUGCAGAGAGAGUCCUAUAUGACACAAUAGCCAAGAUAUAUCAUGACAGUUCCCUGCAGUCUAUCUUUUCUUCAAAACUUCUUUCCAGUACAUCUUCUGUGGACGUUACGUCAUCAGAAAUGGUAGUUCCAACUGUAAACAAAGAACUUUGCUUUCAGUGGUACAUUCCUCCCCUGGAAAGACCUCCAAAGGAAGGAGAACCUAUGGUUUUAUUAUUGUGUGCAUACAACACAAAGCUCUUGAAGAGUUCAGAUAUUAAACUUUCCAGUUGUGGCAACAUAUUUGUUGACUCUUUCUGGAUUCCACUGAACAGGGUUAUUUCAGUUCAUGAGAAACUUUCUAAUCUUGCACAAAUAGCUGAACUAUCAUUGCCAGCAACUCCUGAAAAUACUGCAAAUGAGGAUAUAUAUAAAAUGGAUGAAACAGAAGAGAAACCAAUUGGUAAAGAUAUAGAAAACAUGAUUAUUGAAUGCUGCUCUGAAAUAUCAGCUCUGUUUUUGAGUGACAGAGAGCCAACACCAUUAACUGAGGUACCAUUUGAUAUCUCGCUGCCUUCUAUAUUCAAUCUUGAGAGACUUUUCGAUCUUGCUAAUGGCUGUAUCAUAUCAGGAGGAAGCCUUUUCAACUGGAUAGUGUCGAUUAUUUCAUGACCUUCCUUUCCAGGGGAUGAAUAAAACUGAGAAAUCAAUCAAAAGUGUGACAUCAGAUUGAAGAAUUUUUCAAUAGUAUCUAUGAGCCUUUGGAAAUGUG